AGCCUGUUGCCAUGCCGGGCUCCGGCGAGGAGGCGCAAAAUGGCGGAGACGCAUCAGGCAGUGAAAUGAAGCCAAGGAGGCCGCGGGGCUGGGACGAUAGCUAGCGAUGGGGAAUACGGCGUCUUGCUGCGUGUCGCCGGGGGGCAGCCCCAAUUCGUCGAGCCGGAGCGGAGUUCGGGGCCAGGAGCAGCGGCUGCAGGAGCGGUCCGACGCUUAUCGAGUGGAGGCGGAGCUGAGGGAACCCGAGCCCGGCCCCGGAACCAACCUGCAGCACAUCAGCGACAGGGAAGCGCCGGAGGAUCUGAACUUUGAAUCUAAUCCAUCUGACCACCCAAGAGCAAGCACCAUCUUCUUAAGCAAGUCACAGCCAGAUGUGAGAGAGAAGAGGAAGAGCAACCACAUAAAUCACGUUAUGCGCCAACUGCAGGUAUCCCCGGGUCAACUAAGUAAAAAGUACAGCUCGUGUUCUACAAUAUUUAUUGAUGACAGCACUGUUAGCCAGCCUAAUCUGAAAAGCACAAUUAAAUGCGUUACGCUUGCAAUAUAUUAUCACACAAAGAACAGAGAUUCAGACAGAUCGUUAGAUAUAUUUGAUGAGAAACUGCACCCAUUGACUAGAGAAGAUGUGCCAGUAGAUUACUAUAAGCAUGACCCAGAACACAAACAUAUUUAUCGGUUUGUACGAACGCUCUUCAGUGCGGCUCAGCUGACUGCUGAAUGUGCGAUAGUGACAUUGGUAUAUCUGGAAAGACUGCUAACAUACGCUGAGAUCGAUAUCUGUCCUAGUAACUGGAAGAGGAUUGUACUGGGUGCCAUCCUCCUCGCUUCCAAAGUUUGGGAUGAUCAAGCUGUCUGGAACGUUGACUAUUGCCAGAUCCUGAAAGACAUGACUGUUGAGGAUAUGAACGAGAUGGAGAGGCAGUUCCUAGAGCUGCUACAGUUUAACAUAAAUGUCCCUGCUAGUGUUUACGCCAAAUAUUACUUUGAUCUUCGCUCUCUGGCAGACGACAAUAAUCUCAACUUCCCUUUAGAGCCACUCAGCAAAGAGCGAGCACAAAAACUUGAGGCAAUCUCCAGGUUGUGCGAGGACAAAUAUAAAGACUUGAGCAAAGCUGCUAUGAGGCGAUCACUCAGCGCCGACAAUUUGAUAGGAAUUAGUCGUUCUAAUGCCGUCCUCUCCUAGAAUGAAGACCCUCUUCGGCCCGUAUUGCACCAGGAGAGACCGAUCUUCCAGUUGGUGGCGCCGUUCGUCUGCAGAUGAAACCCAAACUGCAGCCCCUUUCCCCUCUGGCCCUGAAGAGCACACUUGGGAUUUUUAAUGUUCCACGUUGGCCACCCCUCUGCAAGGCCCUUUUAGAAAGGCAAAUUCAAGACACUACACUGACACAGCAACCUGCAGUGUGAGGAGAUGUUAUGCUUACUGUGUAGGCCUACAAUUGAGAUGUUCAUAAGGUUUUAUGUCAAAUGGUUUUAAUUUCUCAGUAUGAUUUUAAAGAACAGCAUCCAGACAAACAUGAAUCAUGUUGAGAGGACUCCAUUGGGGCAGCAGCCAGUGUGAAAGUACCAGGGCAGGGGAAAAUUAUAGACAAAUAAAACCAACAAUGUGUACUGUAUGUAUGAGUUUGACCAACAACGAGCUGUCCAAGGGUAAAGAUCCCUUUUAUGUAUUGGUUGGACUUCAAAAGCAGCUUGUGUCCACAACCUGUUCUGCAAUGUCUGCUGUAGCCUUGCUUGAAAAAUUUUGGAGGGACUUCUUCCCUCCUCUUCCCCUUUUGAAUGUCUCCCUCGCCACCUAUUCCUGAACUUCUCCCAUCCUCCUACACCCAUUGACCCAAGUUAAUAUGAGGAAUUUGGCUUAUGUGGGAAAUUCUGGAUGCCCAUGUGUAACCUUCCACUCCAAUGUGCCGCUCCUCCAGUCUAGUCAGUUCAGGUGUUUAUUUUCUUUUUGAAGAUGACAGUAUUACCUCAGAAAUAGGCUCUUAUAAUAUAGCGAGCCUAAAACUAAACCAGAAACACUGUCUUGCAGUGCUUUUAGCAGCGAUUUGAACAAGCUUCGUGAACUGAGUUUUACACUGCAGUAUUUUAAUUCAUUGCUUUAAGACUGUUGUGAGCUGGUAGGUAGAGAAAAGGACAUUCUUGGUAGGGUUGCUUCAGUGCCAGCCUAGUCACUCAGCUGCUGCAGCAGCAUGUCAGCUUAUCAAUCCAGUAUGGAGCUUCUGAACCUUGGGAGAUUUGCACUGCUAGUCCUUACUGGGUAGCAUCUUGAUGGUACCAGUUGAAGACUUGUACCACAGGGUGCUCCUGUUUGUAACCAAAUAUCCAACUUCAGUUUCUAUUGCAAUCUAACUUUAUAAUAGUUUAAUACUGAAGCGUGUCAUUUCUGAUGAUCCCUGUACGGCUACAAUCCUAAGGCAUGUGUAUCUAAAACCAAAAUCUCUGCCUAC